AUGGAGACAGUCGCGUCUUCGUCGUCUGCGGACCCGCCCACCAAGAAGCCCUUCCCCUUCUUCGAACUUCCCUCGGAGCUGCGCAUCAAGAUAUACCAGUAUGUGCUGUUCAUAGAACAUGGAAAAGGUGUCGUGGAUCUGGACUAUUAUAACGACAGAAGAAUCGCUCCACGUUUGACAUGUUUCCGCGCUUGUCGGCGCAUGCACGAUGAAGCCUAUCCUAUCUUUUAUGGCUCGCCACAGCAGCCCUUUAGACUGUUUCCGACUGGUGGACACAUGUACAGAACCAAGAAACCACUGCUUGAACUUCUUACGCCGACGUAUCGCGCUGCAAUCAAUACAAUCGAGCUGCGCCUCACCGAUUGUGUCUCCCUACGCAACCUCAAAGUCUUCGUACAGAUAGAUCCAACCGACCCGACCUUCAAGGGUCACCAUGGAAAAGGCAAUGACCAAUAUACAUACAUGAACCUCUCCGCCAGCUGGUUACAGGAUAUCCUCAACCAAGUUCCUAGCAUUCGCAACGUCGAGAUCGAUGCGUGGGAAGGAGUGGACAUCGUCUCGCCAAUGCUCAAUGCGCUGGCCUCCGUGGUCUUGACCGCCGACAAGAGAUUGACCUGGGGUCCGGGGCGGUUGAUGAAGCUCGAGAAGGAGAAAGAGCACAAGUUGCGCUGGGGCGUGUCAUGCGGCAUGGAAUCUAUGGAUGAAUUGGAGGACCUCAUGACGGCUAUGGUCAUAGGAGGUCAAUGA